AUGGAGAAAGCGGAAGGAAGAAACCAAACACCCAUCGUAGAAUUCAUCCUCUUAGGAUUUGGGAAUGUCCCUGAACUGCAGCCCCUUCUCUUCCUCAUGUUUCUAGUGAUCUAUGUUGUGACUGUGGCAGGGAGCAUCCUCAUUGUUGCGCUAGUUGUGACUGAUCAGCACCUUCACACCCCCAUGUACUUCUUCCUAGGAAACUUGUCCUGCCUGGAGAUCUGCUACACCUCCACCAUCCUGCCCAGGCUGCUGGCCAGUCUCCUGACUGGGGACAGAACCAUUUCUGUUAAGGGCUGCAUUGUGCAAACAUAUUUCUUUGGUAUCCUGACAGCUACAGAAUCUCUGCUGCUCGCGGCAAUGUCUUAUGAUCGGUAUUUAGCGAUAUGCAAUCCACUCCGCUAUGCUGCUCUGAUGAAUGGCAAGAUUUGUUGCCAGCUAGUGGCAGGGUCCUGGAUAAGUAGCUUUCUAGGCUGCACCACAAUAAAUAUUUUCUUGUUCGAAUCAAAGUUUUGUGAUUCAAAAGAAAUUGACCAUUUCUUUUGUGAUUUUUCACCCGUGGUAAAGCUGUCCUGUGAUGACACCCAGACUGUGCAACUGCUGACAUUUAUUGUCUCUGCCAUAGGGACAUUUGUGCCCUGUCUACUGGUCCUGACAUCCUACAUUCAUAUCAUUGCCACCAUCCUGAGAAUCCCGUCCACCACAGGGAGGCAAAAGGCCUUUUCCACCUGCUCCUCUCACCUCAUCGUGGUUACAGUUUACUAUGGGACACUGAUUACUGUCUAUGUGGUGCCAACAGCCAACAGUCAUAAGGUCCUACACAAACUAUUCUCUGUCUUCUACACAGUCCUGACUCCCAUGAUCAACCCUGUCAUCUACAGCCUGAGAAACAAGGAGGUCAAUGAGUCCCUGAGAAAAGCUAUUGUUAAACUAGUUGCUUUCAGAAACAGGCAUAGAAGCUUAAAGGACAAAUUUUAG